AUGCGUCUGUCUGUUGCCGUGUCCGUUCUGCCUCUUGUGGCGGCCGUUCCAACUCAGCGAAGGACGGAGCCUGCCCCGUUGCACAUAAGUAACGCCAAUAAUCUGAUUGCGGACAAAUACAUCGUCAAGUUCAAGAAGGAAAGCUCACUGGACAUACUGCAUGAUGCCGUCAAGGAACUGGCGUCGGAGCCUAACCAAGUCUUCGAGAACGCCUUUCCUGGCUUUGUGGGCGAGCUAGAUAAAGCUGCCCUUGAGUCCCUUCGGUUCCAUCCCGAUGUCGAUUACAUUGAGCAGGACAGCGUAGUUCACGCCAGUGGCUUCGUGGCACAAAACAACGCGCCCUGGGGUCUGAGCAGGAUUUCGCACCGUCGCCCAGGAUCGGGACAGUACGUCUACGAUGACAGCGCCGGCCAGGGAACUUGCGCGUACAUUGUCGACUCGGGACUCGACGGGUCACAUCCCGAAUUCGAAGGCCGUGCCAGACUGGUUCGAUCUUUCGUGCCCAACUCUCAGGCUGACACCUGUGGGCAUGGCACUCACGUCGCCGGCACCAUUGGCAGCCGAAGCUACGGCGUGGCCAAGAAGACGCAACUGUACGGCAUCAAGGUGCUUGAUCAAGACCCCGCCAGCGGCCGGUGCACGGGAUCUACCUCCGGCAUCAUCUCCGGGAUAGAAUACGUUGCAACCGAUGCGAGACAGCGAAACUGCCCGAAUGGAGUCGUGGUGAACAUGAGUCUCGGCGGUAGCUAUUCCCAGGCACUCAACGAUGCUGCGGACGCUCUCACCCAGGAGGGUUUCUUCGUUGCCGUAGCCGCUGGAAACGACAACAUUGAUGCCUCGAGCGUCUCGCCAGCUUCGGCUCAGUAUGUCUGCACGGUCGGUGGCACUGCGAGAAAUGACUAUCGGUACUCUGGCAGCAACUGGGGCUCGGUCGUCAACAUCCUCGGCCCCGCUGUUGAUGUCUAUUCCACCCUACCGGGUGGCGGAGCCGGUUUCAUGACGGGAACAUCGAUGGCUAGUCCCCAUAUUGCCGGACUCGCCGCAUAUCUUGCCACCGUUGAAGGCCGACGCGCGUCUCCAGAUCUCUGCCAGCGCAUGCAGGAACUGGCUACAAAUGGUGCCAUUGCUGACCAGCCUUGGAAUACUGUCAACCUUCUCGCCUUCAAUGGAAAUCCAUCUGGUUGA